AUGGCUCGGUGCCGUCGCGGCAGGAAACACAAAGACUGGUAUAUCGGACUGGGCAGAUCUCGGGGUGAGAAUGCCGUCGCCAGGCCUAUUGAUCGCAGUGAGGACGUCUUCUAUACCAACCUUGACAGAAUCACAGACGGCGUCCGACCCUCCACUAACAUUUCUACCAAUGCCAUGGCGGUUCUGCAUUCAAUGACAUCUUUGGGGGACGUGCCACCGAGUCUGGACAGACUUCAGCAACUAUCUCCCCCACCCAUUCAAUCCCCGGAAGACAUCCCUCCACCAGAUUUACAAUCACUCUUCCAGUCGUUCCCCAAGAGUUUUACAGAUAUUGACAUGGCGUAUCUCAGAAGCAAGGGUGCUCUCGAUCUGCCCCACGAGAGGCUUCGGAACGAAACUAUUCGAUGUUACUUCGAAUAUAUUCACCCCUUUAUGCCUUUGCUCGACCCCACGGAGCUCUUGACUGUGGUUGAUGGAAAUGGCAGCCAUGGUGCUGCACCAAGGCUCAGCUUGUUAUUGUUUCACUGCGUAAUGUUUGCGGCGGUGCCGUUCGUCGAGGAGGCCCUCGUCAGAGAAGCAGGUUACGUCAAUCUGAAGAUGGCUCGAAGGGCAUUCUUCGAAAAAGCAAAACUCCUGUACGAUGCCGACUUUGAACACGACAGCAUCACCAUCAUCCAGUCCGUGUUGCUCAUGAGUUUUUGGUCCGACAGACAAACACAAGAAAUCCACAAACAAACCUGGUAUUGGGUCAACAUUGCGAUUUCAAUUGCCCAGACCAUCGGGCUGAACCAAGACCCUGAGCCGCUGCCACUGCCGCCCCAGAAGAAAAGUCUGCGGCGACGUCUGUGGUGGUGCUGUUUCAUGAGAGACCGGGUAACGUGCCUAUACUUGAGCCGUCCGUUGCGGAUCCAGCCAGAGGAUUUCAACGUGGCUCUGCCGACGGUGGAGGACAUGGAGAUUGACAGGCCUUUGGCUUUUUUGAACUCAGAGGCGUGCUCGCACCGCCUCCUUCACCUCUCUUGUUACGACCAGACUACGCAGGCUGAGUUGGCCGAGAUCUUCAUCUCCUUCUUGAAACUCUGCAAAGUGAUAGGAACCAUCCUGUCUUCACAGUACUCUCCCGUCAGACCACCUUCUGGGCCUCGAAACAGGGCUACUCAGGCGGCGAUGCCGACCAUGCUCUUCCCCGUCCACAGCCCGAGUUCGGAGCAGAGUGCUGCAACGCCAACCGAGUCUACUAUAUCCCCCCUCGAGCUCACACUCCAAGAGUGGUACGACAGUUUGCCUCGUUCUGUCUCCUGGAAGACACAGCUAGAAUCGCCCGGUUCAGUGUGUGACGGCAUUGCCCGAGAGGACAUUCAAUCUGCAAAAAAGCAUCCAGACACGAGGACAGCAGACUCGACCAAACCGUCGAGCGUGGCGAUUCAGCGCGCCAUGCUGCACAUGUGCUACUACACGGCCGUGUCCGCCUUGCAUCGUUCGCAGAACCAGUCCCGCCACUCCCAACACCAAGUGUCGGAUUCUGCGGACAAGAUCGCCCAGAUUUCAGCCUUUUUGAAUGAUAAAGGUCUCGUACGCUACCUCCCCGUGACUGCCAUCACGAUGCUGGUACCCAGCAUCAUCACGAGCGCUAUGCGCAUCAAAGCGAUAGUUGAGGCGUCACAUCGCGGAAGAAGUGACCCUGCCCGCGACGACGAGCUGGUCCGAGUACGAGACAAUGUCAAUAGCCUGUUGGUCUCCCUCAAAACCUUCCAGAGGGUGUACGUGGCAGCAGACUUGGUGGCAAUGCUGGUCGAGGCCAUGCUCAACCACGCCAGGAUGAAGAUAGUUGUGCCCCAGCUCGGUGACUGGGGAAGGCUCUUUGCAGGAAAUGGAACGAGACAUCGAGCCUUCGAGUUGGACGUUCAACUUGGAUCGACAGAGUCACACAAAACCACGUCGGCGAAGCAUAAACCACCGCCUGUUCCCGUGAUUGCAAAUACACCGCAAUCCCCAAGCCUAGAGACCGAUACCGCCCUUUCGGCAGACAUACACAACACUGACCUUAGUACUUGUGCGACGGACGGGGACAACAGCUGGCAAGAGCUUAUCGAUCCUGGCGCCGGUCACGCCUUUGGUGUUGGCAUAGGUGAAAAUCUGUGGGACGCGGCGUUCAAUCCCGACAACAAUGAUACGACGGGACAGUGGAACUUUGGCAGUAUUGGGAUUGACGGCUUUGACGAAAACAUCGACGGGAUGAUACACUGGGAUGGCACCGAGAUGGACUGGCUUGCAUGA